UAAUGUCACUUCUACUGCCCCACUUAUUACUUAAUCUGUAAGAAAAUAACUUUUCCAAUGUGUUAUUUAUAACUGUUUGAUUUUGUUUCACCAAGUGAGUUUUUGAUGUUUUGUCUAACAAUGAGUGAAAAUGGGUCUGAAAGAUCCAAAGUCACUGGUUGCCUUGAUGAAGGUGAUAUUGCUACUUUUGUAUGACUAAUUUCUAGAAAAUUGAAAUUUUGAUUGCUUUGCAUCUUUUAAUCUUUCUGGGUAUGUUAAGGUUCUUCUCUGUAGUUUGUAAUACUUUUUUAAUCACGUUUUGGAAUCUUUGCUUGCACUUGCUUAGUUUUUAAGCAAGCAUAAGAUAUGUAAACAGUGUAGCCUGAUGGGGCUUUUUGUUGUUUGUCAUUCUUUCUUUGGAUUCUUUGGAAGUUUGCAUAAGAUACAUACAAUUUGCUUCUGUUAUAGAGCUUCAUCACAGAAAUGUGUUCUAGGGGUUGCUUUCAAGCACCGUUUGUUAGAUGCUUUGUGAAGAAACCCUCAUGUUCAGUGUUUUGUGGUGCUUGGUUUCGUGUUCUUGUGCUCUCUUUCAUGGAUAGGUUAAAGCUCAAAUGCAAGGGGAUUUUCUGUAGCAUAGAUUGUUUUGGGUGCUGCAAAAGAACUCCAGAGAUUAUUUCAAUGGAUGAAGCUUCUAAAGGACUAAGAGCUCAAGAACAAACAGGGACCAGAAUGGAAAGAUCAGAUGGUUUCUGGAGCAGCAGCACCUUUGAAUUAGACCCUAGUGAAGCUCACUCGCAGAGAAGCAUCUCAUCGAUUGGAAUAUCAAAUAAUCCUUCUGAUCCUCAAAGUAGUGGAGGCAGUCAAACUGGUCCUCCAGAAUUUGUUAACCAUGGGCUUCUUCUCUGGAACCAGAUAAGGCAACAAUGGGUAGGAAAAAAAGGGUCUGAGAGUAUCACAGAAAUUCAAGAACCAAGAAUAAGUUCCAAUGCAACCUAUGACACCUUACUUGGGAGCAACAAGCCCUUUCCCCAACGCAUUCCUUUGAGAGAAAUGGUUGACUUUCUUGUUGAUAUUUGGGAGCAAGAGGGUUUGUAUGACUGACCAAACAAAAUUGUAAGUUUUUGUUUUUUGCCGAGGAUGUUGGAGGAGAGGUGAUGUGGAAUUUGUUUGGUGUUACAUUACAAUGGCUGUGAAUGGAAUAACUUCAAAAUUUUCUCUUUCUGUGUUUGGCUUCUUUUCUUAUUCCAAAUCCAUUUGAUUAAUUCAUUUGUGUAACUCUUCAUUGAUUCAUAGACAAAUUAUCAGCUGCAAAAGGAUAAUUUCAAGCUUCAGCUGCUGCACAAGUUUAUGUUAGAUAUGUUUUUCCAUGUA